AGGAUGGCUCUCAAUGUGCCGGGACUCAUAGCCACCAUUAUAUUCUACCUGCUGGUGCUGGGGAUAGGCAUCUGGGCCUCCUUCAAAUCCAAAAGGGAUGAGAACAGGACGCAGGCAAACCAUGCAGACAUGGCUCUGCUGGGGAACAGAGAGAUCAGCUUGGUUGUGGGAAUCUUCACUACAACUGCUACCUGGGUUGGCGGGACCUUCAUCAUCGGUACAGCGGAGACGGUGUACGAUCCAAAGUUAGGGCUGAUUUGGGCUGUGAUGCCAUUGGCAGCAACGUUGGCCUUCAUUCUUGGUGGCCUUUUCUUUGCUGAGCCAAUGAGAAACAGGAAGUAUGUGACCAUGAUGGACCCUUUCCAGAUCAAGUAUGGAAACAGACUGACUGGACUUCUGUCCGUGGCACCUCUGUUGUCAGAAAUUAUUUGGGUUACAUCAACGCUGAUAAGCUUGGGAGUAACCAUGACUGUGAUCCUGGAUUUGUCCUAUGCUGUGUGCAUCUGGAUUUCUGCUGCAGUGGCCAUCACCUACACGCUGCUGGGAGGUCUCUACUCUGUGGCCUACACCGACAUCAUACAGCUCACUCUCAUUUUUGUCAUUUCGUGGCUAUGUGUUCCCUUCCUCCUCCUGAGUCCCACCUCUGUUGACAUCACCACCACAUCUUUCAACCACACCUUCCAGGCUCCCUGGGUCGGCACCCUGACUGCAGACAGAGCCUGGAGGUGGAUUGAUAUCUUCUUGCUCCUGAGUGUAGGAGACCUGGGUUUUCAGGACUUUCAUCAGAGGACAUUGUCGGCCUCCUCCUCAGCCACAGCCAAGCUGCGAUGUUACGCCGCAGCGUUUCUCAUCCCCACAUUUGGAAUUCCUCCUGUCCUCAUUGGGGCAGUGGCUGCAUCAACAGACUGGAACCUGACCUCCUAUGGCUCUCCGUCUCCGUUUGAACGAGGUCAGACGGGUUUGAUCUUGCCACUCUGCCUGCAGCACCUAACUCCGCCCUACAUCUCUGUUAUCGGCAUCGGAGCUGUGGCUGCUGCUGUCAUGUCCUCAACUGACUCUGCCCUGCUGUCUGCGGCCUCCAUCUUCUCCUCAAACAUCUACAAGAAGAUCCUGAGGACUGAGGCAUCAGAGAACGAGAUCCGCUGGGUGAUUCGUAUUGCUGUGGUUAUAUUCGGCCUGGCCGGCACAGCGCUCACCUUCCUGCACACAGGCGUCAUGGCUUUCUGGGUCCUGGGUGGAGAAAUCGCCUACAUUUUGAUGUUCCCGCAGCUGGUCUGUGUGCUUUUUUUCAAUGUAUCCAACGGUUACGGUUCCACUGUAGGCUUCCUGGUGGGGUUUCUUUUCAGACUUUUGUGUGGAGAGCCCUUGUUAGGGCUACCACCUGCCAUCCAUUUCCCAGGAUGCAUUCUUGAAGAUGGUGUUUAUGUUCAGUAUUCUCCUAUCAAGACAAUCUGUAUGGUCUUUUCUUUUGCCACCAUAUUGCUGGUGUCCUUCCUGGCAUCUGUGCUCUUCAACAAAGGACUUGUACCUGAGAAGUGGGACGUGUUUCAGGUUAAAGUCAAACACCAGCCACGAACACAAAUUCCAGUAAAUGGUGUCAGCGGGAAUGAAAUUAACAGCUCACACCUUGUGUGUGAAGAUGUCACAGAUCCAAUGUUGGAAUCAACAUGUUGA